AUGGAUAGAGUGAAUCAAUCUGUGGUAUCCGAAUUUGUGCUAUUGGGACUUACUGAUUCAUGGGAGCUCCAGAUCUGUCUCUUUCUAUUAUUUUCUGUGAUUUAUUUGGCUACUGUUUUAGGUAACAUCCUUAUUAUGACCACAGUCAUCACAGAUUCCCAUCUCCAUUCCCCUAUGUACUUCUUGUUAGCUAAUCUCUCUUUUGUGGACUUGUGGCUUUCCUCAGUCACCAUUCCUAAAGCAAUCAUAGAUUUUUUCAGGGAGAACAAGACCAUCUCCUUUGGAAUCUGUAUGUGGCAAGUUGUCUUCGUGCAUUUUGCUGGAGGGGGUGAGAUGGUGUUGCUCGUAACUAUGGCCUAUGACCGCUAUGUAGCCAUAUGUAAACCCCUCCACUACACAACCAUCAUGAGUCAGCAAAGGUGCAUUUGGCUUGUAGUUAUCUCAUGGGCUAUCGGGCUUGUACACUCUAUUAGUCAAUUGGUUAUGAUUGUGGAUCUGCCUUUCUGUGGCCCUAGAGAGAUAGACAGCUUUUUCUGUGACCUUCCACUGGUGAUUGAACUUGCCUGCAUGGAUACUUCUGUCCUGGGAUCAUUAGUGAAUGCGGAUAGUGGAUUCCUUGCUACAGUCUGUUUCAUCCUACUUUUGAUCUCUUACAUCUAUAUCUUACUCACUGUUCGCCAUCACUCCACAGAUGGGGUAUACAAAGCAUUGUCUACUUGUACUGCCCACAUCAUGGUGGUGUUCAUAUUCUUCGUGCCUUGUAUCUUCAUUUAUCUUUGUCCUCUCAACAUUCCAUCAGUGGACAAGUUUCUUGCUGUGUUUUAUGCAGUAUUUACACCUCUAUUGAAUCCUUCCAUCUAUACCUUGAGAAACAAAGAGAUGAAAGAGGCCAUGAAGAGACUGAGUAUGAGUGCGAGGGGAAAAUCUUAG